CCUCCCCGUUUCUGUCCAUCAGAGAGGCAAGGCUCGGUGAGUCAGUACCCUACAGUAAAUAUUUGUAUUAGCAAGAGCCGGCUCUGUAAUGGUGGAUCUGUAAAGGAGAGCCAGGGAGCCGGAGAGCCCAGCCUUCGCCCAGAGACUCCUCUCGUUGUCUGGCCGGGGAGCGAGCGGAUCUGACUUGGCACCAUGUCGGUGAACAUGGACGAGCUGAAGCACCAGGUCAUGAUCAAUCAGUUCGUGCUGACUGCGGGGUGCGCCGCGGACCAGGCGAAGCAGCUUCUUCAGGCGGCACAUUGGCAAUUCGAGAUAGCCCUCAGUGCUUUUUUCCAAGAGACCAACAUCCCUUACAGCCACCACCAUCAUCAGAUGAUGUGCACUCCCGCCAACACCCCUGCCACGCCCCCCAACUUCCCUGACGCCCUCACCAUGCUCUCCCGCCUCAAGGCCUCCGAGAGCUUCCACAGCAGCAGCCCUAUGGCUUCCUCGGCCACCUCGCCCCCACCCCUUCCGCAUCCCCCCCACUUUGGGAGCUUUCCCACCCCCAGCUGGCCCACUGCCUCGCCUCCAGGCCCACAACAGCAGCCCCAGCAGCCGCAGCAAUAUUCAUGGACUCCUGCCCCUUCUUCCCAGCCCUCGGACUGGCCUCCCCCAGCCUCUCAACAGGCCACCUCAGAACAGAAGGCCAACUCAACCAUGGAGGCGGAAAGAUAAGGGAGGCCUCCCCCCUCCCCUCCCCAAGGCCUAGAUCACACGGGGCCGGGGCAGGGGAGAGGACAUCUCCUAUGGGCCCCUUCAUCCUUCUCCUCUGCACCCCAUGUUGAUUUCUUUCACCCUUCCCCUGGAGACCUGGAGGGGGAGAGACAGGACUUGGUAGCCAGGCAGGGAGUGUGGCUUUCACACACACAUACACACACACACACACACACACACACACACACACACACACACACACACACACACACACACCCCAGCAUACACAUAAUAUCCUUUGCACAGAUUUGAUUUGAAGCUGUUUGGGCUUACAUUAGAGACUAAGGGACCUUCUCCAAGACUGAAUAGCUACCCUGGACCUGUCCGACCUCCCCUCACCUCCUAAGAGUUACGCUGGAGAAUCACUACAAAGUCAGCUUCUGAUUUCAGGUAACAUGUACCCAUAUACAUACACACACAAAACACACAUAUAGUCAUGUAUUCAUGUACAUACACAUGCAUGCACACAUGUUGGCACACAUGCACAGGAACACAGAGGGCCCUGUCUGUGUGUGUGUGUGUGUGUAUAUGUGUGUGUGUGUGUGUGUGUGUGAAUAAAAAUGUAUUUAUAUGUAUGUCUCUACUCAAAACUCAAUGUAGGUUUUCAGGGCAGCUGGAUUUUGCAUGUGAAUAACUGAUUCCCAAAGGCUCCCCUACCCUUGCCUUUUACCCUACUUCCCUGCCCCCUGUCUUCUGUUCUCCUGUCCAGCACUGCCUUACCUGCAUAGAAGAGGACUGUGGGAAACUCCAGGACUCUCAUCUUCCCCACCCCCAUCCCCUGUCCAUCCCUCCUCCCCCCCUGGGAUCACCUGCAUGCCUUCCCCAGAGCCCAGGGGGAUGGGGUCCCCAUCUCUUUUUCCUCAUUUUAACAAACAAGAAGAAGAAAUUCCAAACCCACCAGACUCUGUGGUUUUGCAUUGUUUUUUGAUUACCCUUGCAUGUCACUGUGUGUGAGCAGGUUAGAAAGGAGGGAAGGUGCCCUGAAUCAGGAGUCAGGGCCUGGGUUCAAAUCCUAUCUCUGGGACCUAAUCUGUACAGUGGAGGGAUAGGACUGAUGGACUCUGAGGCCUAUUUCAGCUCUCAGCCUGUGAUUCUAAUAUCUGUGCAGAGAAAAUGUGAAGCCCCUUUGAGGUCUGUUAGGCUAUUCAGAAGCAUCUGGAGUGUUCCUUUGUAUGUUU